AUGGGUCCAGUCCUGAUUGUUGCCGACCGGGUAGUCAUCAAACAAAUACUAGUCAAAGAUUUCCAUUUGUUUCGUAACCGCGGCGGCGGCGGUAGUGGUGGUGGUCCCGGAUCUAUACACCCGAUACUAUCAAAGUCCAUAUUUGUGGCCCGCGAUGACCAGUGGCGUCAAAUACGUACGAUAUUUAGUCCGACAUUUACGGCGGCAAAGUUACGCCAUAUGUACGGCCUAAUGGACCGAUGUUCAGCCGAUCUUAUUGGCCAUUUGGACAACAGUUUGCUAACUACCGCCGCCACAGCUGAUGGCACAGUGACAGUAGCGGCACUGGAUCUGAGACAAGCAAUGGACUCCUAUACUAUGGAUGUGAUAGCCCGGUGCGCGUUUGGCAUCCAAUCGGAUGUCUACCGGCCGGACAAUCAGCUAACCUCCAGUGCUAACCAAACAUUUGCCGCAAUACCUCUUCGACCGAUUGGUCAGUCUAGUCGACCAAUAGUUAGUAUAGUCGGUAACUGCCGGCGACAACAACAACAACAGCAGCCGCCGCCGCCGCCCGUAAAUGUUUCCCAUUUUUUCAUACAAUUGUCGCGCGAUUUCAUUAGUAAACGUUUGAACAGAGAGGUCGGCGCCGGCACUGAUGGCCAGCCAUUGAUAUUCAAUGAUUUUUUACAACUUAUGAUUGACUCGUCCACCGACAACGAUUCAAAUGGACAGCAGCUAAACAACAGCACCGGUAGGUUAACCGAAAACGAAAUCCUAGGCCAGUGUUAUGUAUUUUUUAUUGCCGGCUACGAUGCACUGGUAUCUGCAUUGGCCUACUGUCUAAACGAACUGGCCGUUCGGCCUGAACUACAGGACCGGCUAUACGAUGAAAUCAGUCGAUUGUUUGCCGACACCGACAACGAGUCUACUAUCGAUUACAAUGAUCUCAAGCGCCUGGAGUUUAUGGAUGCCGUCCUAAAGGAAACCCUUAGACACUAUCCGCCGGUCAUAAACUUGGAACGGGAGGCCCGACAGGACGUAACUCUAACCGAUAGUACUGGCAGUACUGGUAGUAUAGUCAUAGCCAACGGAACACAACUGGAGAUACCGGUGUAUGCCAUACAUCACGACCGGGACUACUAUCCCGAACCCGAUUUGUUCGAACCAAACCGUUUUAUGCCGACGUCGAGUGGCGGUCAAUGGCCACCAAUUGAGUCGUACACAUACAUGCCGUUUGGUUUGGGACCGCGUAACUGUUUGGGCACACGUUUGGCCGUACAGUCGGCCAAACUAGCAUUGGUCAAACUGGUCAGGCGAUACCGUUUUAGUCCCGUAGCCGAUACCCAGUGGCCGCCCGAGUUUAUUUCGGGUGCUUCCCGUCGGUUUCAACUACAAGCCGAUCGCUUGAUUGUCGGUAUUCACAAACGGGGGUAG